GAUCGCUCGUCGGUUGCGCCUGCUGCUCUGCUUUGCCUCGGCGCCCCCUCCCCUCGCUCGCCCGCUGUCUCGCUCGCUCGCCUCGUCCCGUCUCGCUUCGUCUCCAUUUCCUCCCCACCCCACCGCACCCGCGUCAACCAACCAAACCCUAGAAGGCUCUCGCUCGCCCCCCGUCCCCAAUCCCUCGCCGCCCCCCCUGAUCCCCGCCGCCCGCAGGCCAAAACCCUACGCCUCUCCCUCGCCGCCGGGUAAAAGCAGUGUAAUUACUUGUCUAAAAUGCCGUCUGCAUCCAAGUCGAAGUCGAAAGACAGAUCAGCUGCAAAAGUUACAAAAGAGCAACCUAAGGUUGCUGGAAAGCCAAUGGGGAAUGGUACACUUGCAAGUUCUUACAACAACCUCUCUGGAAAGUUUCAUGUUCUGGAACCAUCAGCAUCUUUUUUGGGUAGCCAAGGUAUUGAUAAAUUCAGGAAUACAGAUGAAAUAGAUGAGCAUUCUCGUAGCUCCCAUGGUACAGGGGACUUCGAUUGUGCCUCCAACAAUGGUAGCUGUUCUGGUGAGUCAGAAGAUCCAAAGGAGAAAGCAACCAGUACUGCGUCUCGAGUGGACUCUGUUCCAGGAUGCGAUAUUGAUAAACGUGAGAAGAUCAGACAGAAGAAUGAGAAGAAGCAUCAACGGCAGAAGGAGAGGCGUGCCCAGGAAUUACAUGAGCGUUGCAAGGGAUACCUUAUGUCUAGAAAGUUGGAGGCACUCGCGCAGAAGCUUGUCGCGAUGGGUUUCUCAGCAGAUCAAGCAACGAUGGCCCUUAUACAGAAUGAGGGUUGCGUUGAGGAGUCUGUUACCUGGCUCUGCAACUUUGAUGGCAGUGAGGAAACUAAGCAACAACUUGCAGCUGAUCAACAGUCUGGGGUCAACUUGAAGAUUGAUAUAGCUGACGAGCUUGCAAAAAUUGUGAGCUUGGAGGCAAAAUAUAAGUGUACAAAGCAAGAGGUUGAAAGGGCAGUUGUUUCCUGUGAGGGUGAUCUAGAAAAGGCUGAGGAGGUCUUGAAGACACAUAAGCAAGAAUCGACUGCAGCACCAUCUAAGCCUGAAGGUUCUGGCGAUUCAAGUGGCUUGCCUAACAAGCAGCAGGUCGUACUUGUGCAGAACCCUGCAAGGCCUCAAACAAAUGGAUUUUCUUCAGUAGGAGUUCAGCAAAUGAGGAGAGAGGAGAAAGACUUAAACUAUAAGCUUCUGAUGAAUGGUAGUGGUCCAAAGGAACCUGCAAUGAAAGGCUUUCAGCCACUGGCUGCACCAAUUAAGCCAGAGUUGGUCCGCCAACAAUUUGUCCAACCUGAGAAGAGGCGCCUUAGUGCCAACUCAGUUCCAUCAGUUCCUUAUGUGGCAUCAUCUCCUUUGCCUGUUGCAGUACCGCAACUGAAGUCAGACAUGCGGCAUGUGGCAGGAGGCAAUGAGGUGAAAAGUGCGAUGCCCAAUGGAAGCUUGCGAGAGUCAGUAGUUGUAAUGCAGCGUCCUCAAUCCGCAGGUUCCAAACAGAGCCUACCAUCCACCAGCCAUAGUAUGUUUGCAUCAGAACCAUCUUCAAGGGAGUGGUACUUAAAUGGUGCAUCAGGUGUUGAUAUGAUAUUGAAUGGUGGCUUGGGGCAUGGACUAAGGAAUAUGAGUUUGGACAAUAUUAGUUCUGCCAGGCCAUUUGGACAUGCAAACCAUCAACAAAGUUUCGUUUCCAAUCCUAUAGAGCUGGCUGCCAAUGGUUGGGGUGGCACCUGGAGUUCUGGAGGUACAUCAUCCUCUCGUUCUGUGGCGUCAUCACUUGGGGCAUUUAGAGGGUGGAACUCAUCUGAAUCCUCCUCUACAUUGUCUCAUUCUGAUUGGAGAACCAAUGGGCUAGCACCUUAUGACUACACCUCAGUAGACUGGAGCGUCGACACAACGUUGUUGAACCCAGCAGCAAAGAGCGAGCGGCUGUCGGACACAUGGUCAACCAUGUUCAUGGGCGGCAGAUCCGGAAGGUCAGCUGGGAACCUCAGUGGUGCAGGCAUCGCUGGGUUGCAUGACAGUAACCAUCCAAUGGAUCCUGCUCCAUCACCUCGUCCAUAUGAGUGGCCUUCGUUCUGCAGGGGAGGAUCUUCCUAGUUCCCCCUACCCUGUAGGUAAGAGGCCAUUGAAUAAAAAAAGUAAAAGUUGUCAUUUGUUUCUUUCUUGUUUUGGUCCUCAGUUGCAGUUGGAUGGAAAAGUUUUACUUUGUGUAUCGAACCAUGCUUGUGUAUCUUGACUGUUGGCCCAGAUAAGUCAUUUUCCUGCGAAACCAUUGUGCAUGAAAAAUUAAGGGGGAGAAUUGGAUCUGUCUUGGCUGAAAUGCAGUUCCCUGUAUUUUAUAUGUGUAUAGUCA